AUGACGAACAGUUCAAACUGCACCGAAACAGACCUCAAACCCUACUACGCGAUUACUUACACCUUCAUCCUCAUCCCUGGGCUGAUAGGCAACACGUUAGCUCUGUGGGUCUUCUACGGGUACAUGAAAGAGACUAAAAGGGCCAUAAUAUUCAUGAUCAAUUUAGCCAUUGCCGACUUAGCGCAGGUUUUGUCCUUGCCCCUGAGGAUUUUCUACUACUUGACGGGGACGUGGGAAUUUGGAGGAGGUCUCUGCCUGCUCUGCUUCUACCUGAAGUACGUCAACAUGUACGCCAGCAUCUACUUCUUGGUGUGCAUCAGCGUGAGACGCUAUUUGUUUCUCCUGCACCCGUUCAAAUUCAGCGACAGCAAACGCGUCUGGGACGUGUACAUCAGCAUCGCCGGGUGGGUCGUGGUCUGCGUCGGCUGCUUGCCUUUCCUGCUCUUCAGGCUCCACCGGGACGCUACAAACACGUGUUUCGUGGAUCUCCCCGUCAAGCAAGUCGACCUUCCCAGCUCCAUCGCGAUGGUGACCAUAGGGGAAUUGGUGGGGUUCGUAACGCCCCUACUCAUCAUCCUGUACUGCUCGUGGAAGACUGCCUUGUCGCUAAAGGAAAAGAAUUCUGCUUCCCACGACCUCGGAGAGAAAAAAAAGGCUUUGAAGAUGAUCCUCACCUGCGCUCUGGUCUUUCUGAUUUGUUUCGCGCCGUACCAUAUCAGCUUCCCCCUGGAUUUCUUUGUCAAAACCAAAAAGAUUAAGCGCGGGUGUGUGAUCUCGGUGUUUCACGCGGUGGCUUUGUGCCUCGCCAGCCUGAACUCCUGCGUGGACCCCAUCAUCUACUACUUUACCACGGACGAGUUCAGGAGACGCCUUUCCAGGCAGGAUUUGCAAGACAGCAUCCAGCUCCACCACCUCAGUUACGUGAGGAAGCACUCCAGAGACACGCUCAAGGAGGACACCAUGGACUGCUAG